GGCGUUCGGGGCCGAGGUCGACGCCAGCGGGUCUUCGCAACCCUAACCCUAACCACUCCCAGACCCACAGCUAAGUAUGACCUCGCCAAUCGGGCAGAAGCCGAGUGAUGUGGAAGCAGUACCGAUGACGUACAAGGAUGUGAUGUGUUCCAAGUACAAGGUUUUCUGGGAGGCGGCCAUGAAGAAAGAGAUAGAUGGCCACGACAAGACUGGAACCUUUACCAAGGUCAAGGAGCUGCCCGAGGGGCGGAAGGCCAUAGGUUCAAAGUGGGUGUUCUCUUGGAAGACGAAGGAGAAGGGCCUCAUAGUAGACUUCAAGGCCCGUAUGGUUGCGCGGGGUUUCUCUCGAAUCCCCGGCAUCGACUUCCACCACUCAUCCUCAGCGUGCCCGUCUGCAGCGUCUAUCAACACGGUGAUUGCCGUAGCCACUGAAAAGGGCAAGAUGCUCGCUCACUGGAAUGUGAAGCAAGCGUACAUCAACGCUAAGCUAAAAGAAGAAAUAUACCUUAGGUUCCCGGAAGGCUGUGGUAGCAUGUCCGGCAAGGUGGUCAAGGUUAAGCGUGCCCUGUAUGGCCUAAAGCAGAGUGGCCAUGAGUGGGGGUUUGAAGCUGCCGAUGCCCUCAUCGAGAAUGGAUACGAGCAGUGCAAGGUCGAACCGUGUGUCGUCCGGAAGGUGGUGGAUGGAGAGGUCGUAGGUCUCAUCGUGAUCUACGUUGAUGACAUCUUAGUGGCGGCAGACGAGGGAGAGUGAGUGGAGUUGUUCGCUUCCCUCAACAAGAAGGUUCCGGUGAAAGAUCUGGGGGAGUGUACCUGGUACGA